AUGACAAUUGAAGGGUCUAUAGUUCGAGAACUAACGACGUUGCUUGUACCCUCUAAUCCGAUUGCGCAUGUUGUCGACCUAUUUCAAGAGGAAUUGUUAUCACGACUACAAACGAGUGAAACUUCAAUGCUGCCACAAUGCCUGGUCCCGGAUGAGCGAUCACGAUGGGAUCCCAAGGACAGGAUCUUGGCGAUUGAUUUUGGGGGAACAAGGUUGAAAUUUGCAAUAAUCUCGCUGCCCCAAAUUGUUAUUGAAUUCAACGAUGCCUUUGAACUUACCUAUAACGUCGUAGAUUCGAUGUUCUUUAAUGAAAUUAUCUAUAAAAUAUGUACCAAAUUGGCUGAAAAUGGUUAUAUAAAAAGCAAAAAUGAAACUUCUGAGGCGACUAAAUUUUUUGUUUCCGUGACAUUCAGUUUCCCUUUAAAUUCAAAAGGCCAAGUAGUCGCUAUGGGGAAGGGUUUUGUAAUGACUCAUGACCUCCAAGCGUUAACCGUGAAAGAAGUGAUUCAGUUGUCCUUUCAACAAAUAAUAUCAGAGAAUAUUGAUGAGUUUUUUUGUGUAAUAAAAGUGUGUGAUGUAAUAAACGACUCGAUUGCAGUUUCAUUAACGAGCAAAUUUAUAUGUGAGCAUGAUUCAAUCUCACUAAUAGUAGGGACAGGUACAAACGCAUCUUUCGAAGUACCCUACGGGUACUUACCGCCUUGUAAGAGAGACUCUUUAAGAGAAACGCUGCCACCAAACUACAUCAAAGAAACUUUGAAUUUUAAACAUGUUCUGGUGAACUCAGAGAUUGGUUUCAUCGGUAAAGAUGUCAUUGCAUUGCAACCGUUCGACAUUCACGGGGCGAUCUCGUAUGAAAUGCCUUUAGAAUGUAUCACUUCUGGCAAGUGGCUUCCAUUAUCGUUGAAGAACAUUCUAUUACAGUACAAUUUAAUACCGAAAAAUUUUCCGAGAAUGUUCGAUGGUGAAUUGGUGUGUCAGUUGACAGAAAGCUCUACCAACAAUUGGUUCAAUAACCAGCAUUAUCCUUUGAUUUGUCAAAUCGCGCGCCUUUUGGUCAAAAGGGCUGCAUUUUACAUUGCUGCUAUUAUACAGGCUAUUGAUAUCAUCACAGGCUGCAGAAACUAUAACUUCAUUCACGUAGGCUAUGUCGGAUCGUUCCUUCAGCAUUCGAGGUUUUAUCAAGAGCAAAUAAAGUAUUAUUCCGACAUUAAUGUUGAGCUCCAAUUUUUAAAUCAUAGUAAUCUACUAGGAGCUGCCAUUGCCACCUACUUGAACAAGUCAGAUAAGCAAGUUUGA